CCUGCUGAUCCCCUGUGCCCCUAUCCUGCUGGGUUUCAGGCUGUGUUAUGCUGACAUUAACUUGGAAUGAAUCCAGCAUAUUCAUUAAACUUCUGCACAUUUAUGAAGAGGAAAUCAUUUCUUUAAAACUAGUGUUUGAAAAACUCCAUGCUAAGGUGUCCAGCAUCUCUGUUCUGUUUUAGUUGGCAGUGUCGAUAUUAGUCAGCAAUAUUUACAUCACCUUAAACCUGCGUGCAAUGGGGUUUUCUCUUGUAAAUGACUGUAUGUUUAAAAAUGACGCGAUUACUGUUUUCAGACCAUUUUAUUUCUUCAGAUGUAACUUUCCCUCCUCCCCAACGUCUUUCCCAAUAGACUCCACCGAGGAACCUAUUGCGCUGAAGCUUAUACAAUCCUGUCUUGAAGAACACGACAGUUAUUGUAUUAAUGGCCUCUGUGCUUUUCAUAAUGAACUCAAGAAACCCAUAUGCAGGUGCCUGACAGGUUACAGUGGAGAAAGAUGUGAACACUUGACGUUAAAUUCUUACGCGCUUAAUUCUUAUGAACGCUAUAUUGCAGUGGGAAUUGGUGCUGGAAUGUUACUGAGUGGGAUAAUUGCUCUAAUCUAUUGCUAUGUAAGAAAGAGAUGCGGGAAGUUGAAAUCACCGUACAAAGUCUGAACCGGGGAGACAGCAUUGUGAAGAUCUGACAUAGGACACUUACCAAUUUGCCUGUAAAUUACAGGAGGUUCCGAGUUGAAAAAACUACCAGUGCCAACAAAAUACUAGCAGGUGCCACAGCUUGACUGAUAACCUGAGACAAUGGAAAUCAAAUAGCUGGUACCCAACUGGCACGCCUGUAGAACUGGCUGGCUUCACUCAUUUUGAUGAAAGCCUUCGUUGCUUUAAUAAAGGUUGUUGGGGGACUUAUCUGGGUGCAUUGAAAUGGCUGAGGAUCCUUCCCCUGUUCGACUACAGUUCACUUGUUUUUGGGAGGAGAUCUGACUUCUUUUAGCUGCUUUUGGAAACUUCAAGCCUUGAUUGUUCAACAGGGAAGGGCAUUCUGUGUGGAGGAAGACAACAAUAUGUCUCUCAGUGCUCUGAGGCAAAGAAUGGAGUUCACACACUGCCAAAGGCAAGAAGUCCAUCUAGCCAACUUCUGGUUUCCCAAUGGCCUAUAGUAUGGGUCUGGGCUGACAUGAAUACUGCAGAUCUCUCAAGUGGGUUAAAUGCAAUAUAUGCUUCUAUUGCCACAAUGGACAAAGGCAGCAAAGGCUUUGCACUGGGAAAUGGGUGAGUGAAAAAAGAUAUAAUUAAAACUAAGAAGAAUAAAGAUCAGAUGAUUUUGGAAAAAUAAUAAGGAGAAUGAGAGCAGUCCCAGAGAUCUUAGAGGACAAAGGGCUCCUGACGUUUUGAGAAGAAUAGAGCUCAAAUGACAUCUUUUUUCAAAUGGACUAUGAAAGUGUUCAUCGGGACAGCUUUGAUCUUCCAGUACAUCACACAGCAGCUCCCCACACUCCCAGACUUGUCAGUCAGGCAUCUUCUUGCCUAGUGAUGUGCACUGCUAGACAAGAGAAACAAGAUUCUAGUUGCUAUGGAAGUUGCAGUUUUGUUAUAAGGACUGUGACAAAGUUCCUAUUCUGCCUUGGUAGUUCCUGCGCUUAUUUGCAGAUUUGCUUGCCUCAGAGAUUCACGGCAGCCCUCACUUUGGCCACUUUUGCUGGUGGCUCAAACCUGCCGUUCACUCAGCUAACCUCAUCACUGGCCAGCCUGGGGAAAAAGGAAGGAGAACAAUCCCCGCAGUCUCUGCUGAUCCACCAUGUGCAUCGGGGAACAGCCCAGAGACCUUCCCCUCUGGUGGAACCCACAGUCCACGUCAACUCCUCCUGUGUCUGAUCAGGAGUUGGGAGGUUUGGGGGGAAGCCGGGCCCGCCCUCUACUCCGGGUUCCAGCCUAGGGCCCUAUGGACUGCAGCUGUCUAGAGUGCCUCCUGGAACAGCUGUGUGACCGCUACAACUCCCUGGGCUACUUCCCCAUGGCCUCCUCCCAACACCUUCUUUAUCCUCACCACAGGACCUUCCUCCUGGUGUCUGAUAAUGCUUGUACUCCUCAGUCCUCCAACAGUAUGCAUUCUCACUCUCAGCUCUUAGUGCCUCUUGCUCCCAGCUCCUCACACGCAUGCCACAAACUGAAGUGAGGUCCUUUUUAGACUCAGGUGACCUGAUUAGCCAGCCUGCCCUAAUUGAUUCUAGCAGCUUCUUAAUUGGCUCCAGGUGUCCUAAUUAGCCUGCCUGGCUGAAUUUGUUCCAGCAAGUUCCUUCUUCUUCUUCUGGAACUGCCCCUGUUACCUUAACCAAAGAAAAUGGACCUGCUUAAUCUGGAACUAAUAUAUCUGCCUUCUAACACUCUCCUGUAGCCAUCUGGCCUGACCCUGUCACAGGACUCACUAAUACAGUUCUACCCAGCUGACUUCGCUCUCAUGGAACGUGUAGUGUAUCACCAUUUAAACAAGAAUGAAAUGGAUAAAGGAAAUAUGCCCAGCUCCAACCUGCCAGAUUAAUAUUAUGUGCUUUCUUUUUCUUCUCACCCACAAGAUGCUUCAGAUGGGGAGAUUUGUUCUUGAGAUAGUGAAAUAAAAUAGAUUCAGAGGACAAUGGCUCUUGAAAGACUUUGCAGCUUCUAACUGUGAGUUUUGGAAUACUGGCGCUGAUCAUUUUCAGCAUUGCUCAGAAGGUUUUUUGUGUCAGGUGCUGCACAUUGUGGAUCCAGAUUUCAGCUGCAUUUAGA